UGUGCAAGAAAAGGGAAACCAAACUCUAUACAAAGAAGAUGAUGACGAACAAGGUUUGGACCAUCGGGUUGGCCAUAUUCUCGACCUUAGCACUCUUUGGCAGCAAGCCAAUAAUGGGGCAGCGGCUCCCUCCGCCACAGGUGCAAGACGCACAGGUGCCUUGUUUCUUCAUAUUCGGCGACUCCUUGGUCGACAACGGCAACAACAACGGCAUGCUCACCCUCGCCAGGGCUAAUUAUCGACCCUACGGCAUUGAUUUCCCCUUGGGCGCCACCGGCCGCUUCACCAACGGCCAAACCUACGUCGACGCUCUCGCUCGGCUGCUAGGGUUUCGAAACUUCAUCCCGCCGUUCGCCAGAGCUAGAGCGCCGCGGGAAGUGCUGAGGGGAGUCAACUUCGCUUCCGGCGCUGCCGGCAUCAGGGAAGAAACCGGCAACAAUUUGGGAAAUCAUGCGUCGAUGAACCAACAACUGAACAACUUCGGGAGCGUGGUGCAAGUGAUGCUGAGGUAUUUCAGAGGCGACACUUCGCUGCUGAAUUCCUACCUUGGCCGGUGCAUCUUCUUCUCCGGGAUGGGGAGCAACGACUAUCUCAACAACUACUUCAUGUCCAAUUUCUACACCACCGGCUCCGAUUACACCCCCGAGGCCUUUGCUUCCCUCCUCCUUCAAGACUACGCCAACCAACUCGCCAAGUUGCACGCGAUGGGUGCCAGGAAGGUGAUAGUGACGUCGGUAGGGCAAAUCGGGUGCAUACCAUACCAACUCGCCAGGUACACCAACAACAACAACACCAAGAACAGCCGAUGCAACGAGAAGAUAAACGACGCCGUUUCCAUGUUCAACUCGGGUCUCAAGCGGCUCGUCCAGCGCUUCAACGCCGGCGGCACGGAGCUUCCCGGAGCCAAGUUCGUGUACCUCGACUUCUACAAGAGCACCAGCGACUUGUAUCUCAACUCCUCUCAAUACGGGUUUGAAGUGAUAGACAAAGGUUGUUGUGGGGUUGGGAGGAACAACGGGCAAAUCACAUGCCUGCCGUCGCAGCAGCCGUGCCAGGACCGCCGGAAGUACCUGUUUUGGGAUGCAUUCCAUCCGACGGAGCUUGCGAAUGUGUUGUUGGCGCAGUCGUCUUUUUCGAACCAAACCUUCACUUAUCCCGUCAAUAUUCAACAACUGGCUAUGGCUUGAGAAAGAUAAUUAAUUGUCAGUUUGGUCGACAUGUGAUUUCUUAGGCUGUAUGUGUGGUGGAUGGAUUGGUAUUUUGCAUGUAUGCAUGCAGAAAACCCUCUUAAUUGUAAUGAUAAAAAAAUUUAAAUGUUACUCAUAAAUAAGAAAUAAUUGGAAGAACUUUUCCAACACUGAAGCUGUGAUAGUACAAGAGUAGAGUCUGGUCGCAAUCAACUAUUAUUGCAAUGGAAGUGAGCAAAGUGGCGGAUCGAUGAAUUUUACAUAUAGGUGGCCUCUAUAGAGCAAGU